UUUCAACUCAAUUCCAUAAUAAUACUACAUAAAAAAGGGACCCAUGCCGGCCAUGGCUUCCGAUCUCGAAUCCAACCCAACUCUACCAAAAGAGGCAAAUACACAAACACCAACCAUUGACCACAAUGACACUCCAAAAUCACAACCACCAUCAAUAAUAAACGAAAAGCCCACAGUGACAAGAGGCUAUGACCUCCCCUUCUGGCACAAAUCCAUCAUCCUCUUCAUUGUCUCAUGGAUGACCCUGGCGGUGACCUUCAACAGCACCUCGCUGCUCCCCGCCACCCCCGAAAUCGCAACCCGGUUCAACACCACCGAGGAAAUCCUCAAUGUCAUCAAUGCUGGUGUAUUAUUGGCCAUGGGCUUUUCUUCGCUGAUUUGGGGUCCCAUGAGUCGCUUAGUUGGCCGUCGCAUUUCGUAUAACAUCGCCGUUUUGGUGCUGUGCGGGUGCUCGGCGGGUACGGCCGCCGCUAUCAAUUUGCCCAUGUUUACGGCGUUUCGCAUCUUGGGUGGAUUGACGGGCACCUCGUUUAUGGUUAUGGGGCAGACCAUUUUGGCGGAUAUUUAUGAACCUGUUGUAAGAGGAACGGCAGUGGGAUUCUUCAUGGUAGGGACUGUUGCGGGUCCGGCUAUUGGCCCCUGCUUCGGCGGCAUCAUCGUCACCUUCGCCAGCUGGCGCAUCAUCUUCUGGGUGCAAGUCGCCAUGACAGGGUUCGGCCUGAUCCUAUCCCUGAUCUUCGUCCCUGAGAUACCCUCAGCAGACGCAAAGAUCAUCACCACUGCCACUGCCACCACCACCACUCCUCCAACAAUGAAAGAGACCACUCUUCGCAUCCUCGCCGCAUUCAACCCCAUCCACAUCGUCCGUCUCUUCAUCUACCCCAACAUCUUCCUCGCCUGUUUAACAUGCGGUUUCCUCUCCACCUUCCAAUACGCCAUCCUCACCUCCGCCCGCUCCAUCUUCAACCCUCGCUUCCACCUCACUACCGCCCUCGUUUCCGGCCUCUUCUACCUCGCCCCGGGGCCGGGUUCCUCGUGGGAACGUAACGGCACCCGUCUCCCCCAGGAUCGACUGAAUUCCGGUCUGGGGACAUUAUUCUUCGUCCUCCCCGCCGCGGCGCUUGUCUAUGGGUGGACUCUGCAGGAAGAGAAAGGCGGGAUGGUGGUCCCCAUUAUUGCGGCGUUCUUUGGGGGUGUGGGGUUGAUGGGCACGUUUAAUGGGUUGAAUACGUAUGCUGCUGAAGCACUCCCCCAUCGCCGAUCCGAAGCCAUCAGUGGGAAAUACAUCAUCCAGUAUUUGUUUUCGGCGGGGAGUAGUGCCGCUGUUGAGCCGUUGAUUGGGGCGAUUGGGGUGGGGUGGACGUUUACCAUUUGUGAGUGAUCUUUUUUUUUUUUUUUUCCUCCAUUCCCUUCGGGUUGGGUUUG